CCGGACGUUAAGUGCCUCCUCAUCCGGUGUGCUGCAGCACGCGCUUGAGUUUUUGAAUGCUUGAGUGACCGUUAGAUGGUUCUGGAAUACAGCGCGCGUGAGUCAGGGUCAGAUUUAUCCGCUUUAAACCGCCUUCAGUCGGCGCGCGCGGAGCUGCCAGGACGUUCCCGCUCUCUCUCUCUUUCUUUCUCCUAUACCUCUCAGUCUGUGCGCGCGCCCGCGGGUGCGAUGUGGGACCCGGAUGAAGUGACCCGGAUGUGCUAUGAGCGAUACGCAGCGCUGCCGCGAAGAGGGAAACCGGAAGUUGGCCGUGAGUGGACGCAGCUCGCGGCCGUGGUUCAGGUCACGCGCUGCCCUGACACACACGCCGUGUUAAAAGAGGUUGUGGCUUUGGGGACGGGAACCAAGUGCAUCGGACGCAGCGCCAUGAGCCCUAAAGGUGACGUCCUGAAUGACAGCCAUGCCGAGGUGAUCGCCCGGAGGAGCUGCGUAAGGUACCUGACGGAGCAGCUGGGUGUGGUGAUGAGAGGGGGUCACAGCUCCGUCUUUUGUCGCACCGACCAGACAGGGAAGUGGAGGCUUCGUCCUGACGUCUCCUUCCUGUUCUUCUGCAGUCACACGCCAUGUGGAGACGCCUCCAUCAUCCCCAUGGCAGAGAGUCUGGAGCAGCCCUGCCCACCAGUCCCACGAGCCCAUCAGGAGUCAGAGCAGGGAGACAGGAAACGGAGCGCCGAGAAUGAGACUGGUGGAGUGAAGAAGCGUAUCCGAGUGGACAGACAGCAGGACUUAACAGCAGGAGACAAUCCCCGCGGUAUAGAGAGCGUAGGAGAUGAUUUGGGAAACGAGUGCGCAGAGGUGAGCACAGGUGAUCGGCUGUGUGACGUGCACCGCACGGGGGCGAAAUGCGUUCCCGGGGCACCGAGUGACCCACGGGGUCCAGGGCUGGACUUCCACACGGUGGGCGCUCUGCGAGUGAAACCGGGCCGCGGAGAGCCCACACUCUCACUCUCCUGCAGCGACAAACUGAGCCGCUGGUGCGCGCUUGGCUUCCAGGGGGCGCUGCUGAGCCACUUCUUGCAGGAGGGAGUGUACUUCAGUGCUGUGGUGGUGGGGAAGUGUCCUUACAGCCCACACGCUCUCCAUCGGGCCAUCAGCAGAUGUGCGAGUGUGACGGGUCUACCAGCUGGAUUCUCUCCACACACUCCUGAGCUCCUGCAGUCCGGUGUGGAGUUCACGCACAGCCGCGCACACACACUGCAAUCCCAUGAUGGCUCACAGCAGGGCCGUGUGGUGCCGUGUGGAGCCGCCAUAAGCUGGUGUAAAGUCUCCUCUCAGCCUCUGGACGUCACUGCGAACGGCUACAAACACGGCGUGACGAAGAAAUCCCUGGGAACGCCGCAGGCCCGAUCGCUAAUCAGCAAAGUCGAGCUGUUUCACUCCUUUCUAAAGCUGCUGGAGUUAACGGACGAAAUCGAGCUUCCUGACUCCCUCAGGGGAAAACAUCUGAGCUCGUACUGGGACUAUAAAGAAGCGGCGGUUGAAUACCAGCAGGCAUGGACCGAACUGCGCACUCAAGUGUUCACUCUGUGGCCUAAGAGCCCUCGAAACCUACUGGACUUUACCUGAGACACACACACACACACACACACACACACACACACAAAUGUGGUGUCCAAUGUUAAUUGUCAGUUUAAAAAAUUUUAAAGAACCAGUAAUGUUGGGACGAGGAUGUCAUUCAGUUUCCAUGACGACAGCUUACCAUUAAAAUAAUGUACACACACACACACACACACACAGGGACUCUAUAAAAUGUUUUAAACACACAAUUAAUUAGUAAAAUGUUGUGUUUGGACACGCCCAUAUUGUAUGAUGUCAGAACUGGAACUGAGAAAAUA